AUGAAUUUUAUCCGCGUCAGUCUUAUUUUAGGGUUCGUGAAUUUAGUGUUCGGAAUAACCUCAAAUCCACUAACAGGAAAUCCAGAUCCACUUAAACCUAGGUUUAAAUAUUGCUUGCAUAUUGAAAAGGGGAAUUGUUAAUAAUGUGAAACUUUACAUUUUUUAUUUACAUUACCUCGUGAUAAUGAAAAAUUAGAAUUAAAGGCGGGUACUCGUAUAUGUGUAAAAUGGUAAAUUAAUUAAAUGUAAUUUAGUCCUUACAUAGGGUAUAAAGAUGAGAAUAAUUUGUAUUGUGGUGAUUGCAUAGAUAAUAGUCAAACGUGGGAUUAAAAUAGAUUAUGCACUUAUGAUUACAAAAAGAAAUCUUCUGAGAUGAAGUCAAUAUUUCACAAAGUAGAUAGGCCAGCAAAAUAAUUAUUUUAUAUAGUUUAAUCUGGAGAAGAUGAUGUAUUAUAUAAAUUUAUUUAGUUUAAUUCAAUAAUGUGUGAUGGAUGUUCUAAUUUUUGUAAAUCAAAGAGUUAAACUUGUUUUGCAGUUUCUUAAUAAUUUUAAUAUGAUUUGAAUAAUCCUUAUAUAUCUUGUACUUAGGGUAAUAAAUAUAUAAUUUUUUAGGGUAUGCAUUUAAUGAUGCAAUAGAAGGAUGUGAUUCUUGCCCAGAAAAUUGUUAAUCAUGUUAAAUAAACAUAGUUAGAUAGAUUGAUAGUGCAGGUAAAGUAAUAGUAACAACAAAAAAGAAAUGCUUAAUAUGCAAUGCAGGUUUUAGUUUAUUAAGUAUCAGAACUAAAAGUAAUAAAAAUAUAAUGCAAACCCUUUGUAUAGCUUGUUUUUCUGGAUGUAGUGAAUGUUAUUAUGGAAAGAAUCUAGUUAAUUUAAAUCAAGAUCCUUGGGAUAAAUAUAAUAAUUUUGAUUUUGACAUAACAAAUUAAGAACUUUUGAAUUAACUAUAAGAUGAACUAUAUAUAGAUGAUAUAGACAAUAAUCCUCCAACUUAAAAGUUUUAUGAAAUUCUAUGGAAAACAUAUGGAAUAGAUUAAAGAUGUUCAGUUUGUCUAAGUACAUCAUAGAGUACUUUCAUUCCAUCACUUAAUCGAAAAUCAUGUAAAAGAUGUGGAACUAAUUGUAGAAGAUGUGAAUAUGUAUCAUAUACACUAAGUGAAAAUUAAUAGUAAAUCUAAUAAUUAAUUUAUAGUCCCACUCGUAUUCAAAAUUUAGUUAUAGAACCACCGGAUGUUUAUGUUGAAAAUGUAUAAGACAUGAUUUCUAAAAUUGAAGCUGCAGAAGCUCCUUAUCUAUUUCGUUGUAGAGAAUGUGAUGAUUAUACAUAAACAUUUUUGGCUGUUGGAACAGGUUGUCUGGAUUGUUCUAAUUUAUUAAAUUGCAAAUUAUGUCAUAAAGAAGGAAACCCAGAUUAUGGUGGAGAUUCUACAUUCUCUACUUUAAAUCCAGAUUUUAAACCACUUGAUAAAGAAGAAUAAUCUUUACAAAAAUGUGUUGUCUGUUAAAAUGGAUAUUAUUUAAAAUAAGAUAAAACUUGUGAUGUUUAAACAAUUUUAACUGUUCCUCCAACCGGAUGUUUAACUUUUGAAAUUGAUAAAGAUUAAAUUAAUCUUUAUCAUUGUAGAACAUGUAAUACAGGAUACACUCUUAUUAAAGAUGAAGCUGAUGGAGUAUGGAAAUGCACUUUUGAUUGUUAGUAAUAAAUUUAAGAUUUCUUAUGUUAAUCUUGUGUCAAAAAUGGAGCUAAAGUAAGAUGCUUGAAAUGUUUAGAUGGAUAUUAUGUUGAUGCUAAAGAUGGUACAUGUUAAUCAUGUUCAGAUAAUAAAAAUUGCUAAAAUUGUUAUAAAUUAUCACUUAAAACCAUACAUAGAACUGAUUAUUAUGCUUAUGAAUAUGAUGAAGAUCCUAAAACAUAUGGACCAUUUUGUUAUGCUUGUAAUCCUGGAGAUAAUAGUAUAGGACCUUUCCUUAAUUUAGAUUUAAGAAUAUGUGAAAAAGGAAAAAGUAAUUGUGCUAAGUUUGAAGCAAAAGGAACCAAAGGUUAUUGUGAUUUAUGUGUUGAAGGAACUUUAGCAGAACCAAAACUAUUUGAAUUCUCAAGAUCUGCUUCUCUUGAUGGAGCUGAUUGCAUACCUUGUCCAACAAACACAAUUGGUUGUCGAGAAAGAGAUUCAAGCGAACUGAUAGCUUCAAAUAAAUAUUUCGAUCCAUCUGAUGCAAGCCUUACUAGAUUUUCUUAUUUAGCAUUCAAAUGUGAUGAUGAAUCUGAACUUGAUACUAAUAUUGGAAGAUGUACAACUCCAAAAGAUGUAGCAGUUUUAAAUGAAGACACUAUUACUAUUCAUGCUGAUUGUAUAUAAAACUUACCUCAUGAUGAGUCGGUAUGGAGAAUAAAUUCUUAGUAUUCUAGUAUUACAGAAAAAACUACUACACUGAUUCUAGAGAAUAUUAAAAAUCCUUUGCCUCUUAUUGAUACUGCGAGAUUAAAAGAAUACAAUACUAAAUCUUUAAGUAAACUCACAAUUUAAUUAAUAUUUAAAUAUAAUGCUGACUAAAACAAUAAUCGAUGUUACUUUUAAAAAGACACUUAUAUUUCAACAAAUUUAAAAAAAAAUAUUUUUGCCUUGAAAGAUCUAGAACUUAAAAUAAGUGUUGAAAAUAUUCCAAAAGAUCAAAGAAUAUAGUGGUAUAUAAUGAAUACUGUAUAUUUUGAAUACUUUACUUCAGUGAGUAUCAAAGAUAUUGAAAUAUUGCCUGCAAAAGAUUUAGAUAUAUUGAAUCUUUACAACAAUAUUGAAAGGUAUGACAAACCUUUUGGUUUUGAGUUUUUGAAAAAUGAAGGAUCUAAAUUUGAAUUAGAAAAUGUGAAAAUAAAUAAUGGAUUAGCAGAAUCACAUUAUAAUUCUAAUGAAUAUACAACACCAUAUAGUGAUACAGCCUAAAUGCUAAAGAAAUAUAAACCAUUUUUUACGGUACUAUUGAAUACUUAUAGUAUAACGAUGAAAAAUGUAAUAUUUCAAUCAUAGAAUUAUUUAAUGGGUCCAGAUUUGUCAUAUUAAGCAAAGCCUUUUGGAUUAGUUUAUGAGGAUAAUUUAAGUUUCAAAUAUUUGAAUAUAAAAUUGUAAGAUGUAAAAUUUCAAGAUUUUGCAGUAGAAGAUUAAGCAAUAUUUGAAUUAUUAGAUAUGAAUUUAGUUACAGCACCUGAAUGGAAUAGUAAGAUAUAUAUAAAUAAUGUAUAAUUCAAAGAUUGUUAUUUUAUUAAUGAUGGAGCAUUUCUAAGUACUAAAUUAACAGAAAAGCCUACAGGCAUGAUAAUUAUAGAUAAUUUAUAAAUGGAUAAUGCUGAAUACAAUAAUUCAAGGGGAAUAGUGAGUUUUUAAACAAUGUAGAAAGUAAAAAUAAAUGGAUUUACAAUGAUUAAUAGUAGAGUUAAUUACACAAGUUUGUUUCAUAUAACAACAAUAGAGAUGAGUAGAGUUUAUGUAUAUAAUACAACAUUUACUUAUUUUGGUAAGAUAGUAGAAACUUAAUUUGAUAUUUUUACAAUAAAGCCAAAUGAUAUUGAAUAUUCUGGUUUGGUUUUGAAUUUUCAAGAUUUAGAAUUUAAUUAAAUUACUUGUUUAUAUCCUGCAUGUAUUAUGUUAUUAAAUACGAUUAAAAAUGAUUAUGAGUUACCAAUCAAUAUAUCUAUGAGUAAUAUUGUAAUUUAAGAGAUAAAAUCAGAAGGUUUUAAUGAAACAAUUUGGGAAGCAGCCACUAGUGCAGCAAUACAAAUUUAUAAAUCCUAUACUUUACAAAUUUAGAAUUUUUAGAGCAUUUAAAAUCCAGAUCUAACAAUAUUUUAUACAGAUUAAGUUUAAGAGAUUACAUUUAUAAAUUUGAAAUGUAAGUAAAACAGUUAAUUAAGUAUUAGAAACAAUUAUUGUGUUUUUUUGAAUAACUUUUAUAGAAAGAUUAAAAUAACAGAUUUAGAAUUAACAAAUUUAAAUGGAAUAGAUAAUUCAUUUAUUGGAAUAUCCUCUUGGAAUAAUUUAGUAUACAAUACUAGUAGUGA